AUUUUUUUUUGGUUUCGCCCAGUCCACUCCUUUUACAAACAUGUACAAAUCAGCUCUCCUCGGCCUGCUGGCGUCGAGCUCCGUCUCGGCCCAGCUGCACAGCCUGGCGCUGGACGCCGGGCUCCUGUACUUCGGCACCACGGUCGACAACGGAUAUAUCAGCGACGAGCCCUACAUGGCCAUCGUCAACGAUGUCGAAGAGUUUGGCCAGCUGGUUCCUGAGAACGGCCAGAAGUGGGAUGCCACCGAGCCCACCCAGAACACCUUCUCUUACACCAAGGCCGAUGUCGUUCCCGACCUGGCUGCGACUAACGGCCAGAUCUUGCGAUGUCACGCUCUGACCUGGUACAGCCAGUUGCCCAGCUGGGUCUCGAGUGGUGGAUUCACGGCGGCCCAGCUCCAGAGCGUCAUCGAGGCUCACAUCUCCAACGUCGUCGGCCACUUCAAGGGCGACUGCUACGCAUGGGACGUGGUCAACGAGGCCGCUGCUGACGACGGCACCUGGCGAAGCAGUGUCUUCUACGACACCAUGGGCACCGACUUCCUCGCCGUGUCCUUCAACGCCGCCCAUGAGGCCGACCCCAAUGCCAAGUUGUACUACAACGACUACAACCUCGAGUACAACGGCGCCAAGACCGACCGUGCUAUCGAGAUCGUCCAGAUCAUCCAAGACGCCGGUGCCCCCAUCGACGGUGUCGGUUUCCAGGGCCACCUCAUCGUCGGCUCAACCCCAUCGCGCUCUUCGCUCGCCACCGCCCUCAAGCGCUUCACCGCGCUCGGCGUCGAGGUUGCCUACACGGAGCUCGACAUCCGCCACGCCUCCAUCCCGGCCUCGGACUCGGCGCUGAUGACCCAGGCCAACGACUACGCCAACGUCGUCGGCUCGUGCCUGGACGUCGAGGGCUGCGUGGGCAUCACGGUCUGGGGCUUCACCGACCGCUACAACUGGGUGCCCGCGACCUUUUCCGGCGCCGGCGAGGCUUGCAUCUACGAUGAGGACCUCAACAAGAAGCCCGCGUGGACGAGUAUCUCGAGCCUGCUUGCUGCUGCCGCCACGGGCUCCAGCGCUCAGGAGACCUCCACCAGUGCCUCUGUCGUUGCUGAGACUACCAUCGUGGCUACUACCGCCGCGGCUACCACUGCUACGAGCACCGUUGCCACCUCUGGGGAAGUCGUUUCAUCCGCGGCCGCCGCUGAGACGACCGUCCCGGUUACCACUGCCGAGCCUCUCCCUACCACGACCGCCAGCCCUACUUUCGAGGAGAUGGUCUCAUCGUCGACUGUGCUUGAGUCUUCCAAGGCUCCUGUCUUCACCCCUGGCCCGGCUUUUACCCCCAUCUACACUCCUCGUGUCAACGUUUCGACUCUUUGGACUUCAUACUCCGUCAGGUCAAGCACCAGCCAGACUGGGUAUUUCAACUUCUCUAGCCCGCACACCACGUUCCAAACCAGAACUACCGCCGUCGCUCCCGUCUCUGUCUCGUCCGUUACCUCUGUCUCCGAGUUCUCAGUCUCGUCCGUUGCCUCCGUCUCUGAGUUCUCAGUCUCGGCCGCUGCCUCUGCCUCCGAGCUCUCAGUCUCCGAGCCCUCAAGCUCUGAGCCGUCAGUCCCGCUCCCGACUUUGAGCCUGCCCACAAACCAGACCGUCAUUACGACCGUUAUCGAGGCCGCUGCUUCCACCCACGUCCCCGUUAUCCGCCACUCCACCACCGCGUACACCGUCGCCCCGUGGAGCAACGGAACCAUGACCACCAUCGUCAAUAGCGUCCCCUCCGGCACUGCGCCGUUGCCCACCGCUACGGAGACGGACGACUACGAGGGCGACGACGACUGCGAGGAUGUCGAGCUGGUUGCUCACUACUACCAGUGCGGUGGCCGAAACUGGGAGGGCGCCACUGUGUGCGAGGAGCCCUACAUCUGCGUGGAGAUGAACGAGUAUUACUCCCAGUGUGUUGAGAGCAACUAAACGUAAUAGACUCAGGCAUGGGUUGUACGGAAAGGAAAUAGGUUAAGGGGGUUGGUAUUCACUUGUACAUAUUCUCAACUAUCACACAUAGUUCCAGAGUUCUUUGCUUGACGCGCGAACUCGCCGGCCAAAGGCAGGAUCCUAAUUACCAAUGAAAUGACUCAUAGAGCUG